UGUUUCAAAUUUUGUGGUUAGGUAGGUGAAUAUAUUGUUUUUGGCUAUUUACCUUUAGGUUUGUUUCUUCUUUCGUGCCUUCUUGGGCCUGAACAAGCGUACAACCAACCAAACCUAUAACUCAUGGUCAGGCCCAACUAUCAAUAAGAGAGUUUUUUUUCUUCUAAGGUGCCGUGGAGAUUUGAUUCUGAGAUCAUUAGUCCGUAAAUUAAGACUCUUUAUUUUAGGGAGCUUGCGAGCAAAACUUGAGCUUUUCGGUUCACUCCCUCUAUGUGGUUGGUCUUUUUGACAGUUUGUCUUUCUUUUUUAUUGAACUAGACCCGUUUGGUGUUUUAAAAAAAUUCUUUGGUGCACAAAAUAACAAGCUUUAAAAAAGUCCACGGAUAUAAACCUUUAAAAAAAAAAAACCCACGGUCGAAUGUAGUCCCAGAACCAACCAAAACGCUUGUAUCGCAUUUGUUCCGAAACUUCAUAUUUGAUCAGUGAUUUUCCCACUCUCCAGCGGCAAACCCUAAUCCUCCAUUUUCCCGAGAAUCCCCAUUUCGAAACUUUCCCGCACAAUCCCAGAAUCCAAACAACCAAAACCUCAUGGGCAAGAAAAGAAACAAGAAGACCCUCGUCUGGAGGCCCAAACCCAAAUCCAGAACCCCCCCAGCCGAAAUGCGAAACUGGCUGGACCUUCCACGGGACGUCACCGUUUCGAUACUCUCUCGACUCAGAGCGGUCGAGAUUCUGGAGAGCGCGCAGAUGGUAUGCAUGGCUUGGCGCAUCAUCUGCAAGGACCCUCUCAUGUGGCGCACCAUCGACAUGACCAACGAUGCCGAUUACGACGACAUGUUCUACAACUUGGAUGCGAUGUGCCGCCACGCAGUGGAUCGUAGCUGUGGCGGUCUGGUCGAUGUCAAUAUCGAGCACUUCGGCGACGACGAUCUGCUUAAGUAUAUCACUGACAGUUGCGGUGGGAUCAGACGUCUCCGGCUAGUGAGUUGCUAUAGCAUAUCACGUGUGGGGUUGGGUAAGGUGGCGUCGAAGCUUACUCUGUUAGAGGAGCUUGAGAUCUAUGUAUGCAAUCUCUCACGUACAUCUCUAGAAAUGGUUGGGCGCUCUUGCCCUCUUUUGAAGUCAUUCAAAUUGAACAGGCCCGAAUUUUCGGUUUAUGGGAUCAGUGGGUUUGGUGCCUAUGAUGGAUUUGAUGAUUGGAUUGAUGAUGAGAAUGGUGAUGAGAAUGGUGGCUCAGUGAUUGAUUCUUUCGGGAAAGAUGAUGAAGCACUUGCUAUAGCAGGAACGAUGAAUGGUUUACACCACCUUCAACUUUUCGGGAAUCGGCUCACCAAUGAUGGCUUGAGGAAGAUUCUUGAUUGUUGUCCUCAUCUUGAGUCACUUGAUCUGCGCCAUUGUUUCAAUCUUGAUCUGAAGGGAGCUUUGGAAAAAAGAUGUGCUGAACGAAUUAAACAGUUGCGCCUUCCCAAUGAUUCCAUUGAUGACUAUGAAUUUUGUACUGCACCAUGUGACUAUGGAUUUUAUAAUGAUUCUGAGGACUUUGACUGUGAUGAUGAUUAUCCUUAUGAUUUUAAUGGAUACUACUCGGAUGAUAGUGAUUUCUAUGAUGAUUUUACCAAAAUACGAUUCUCUGAUCUUUUUUGAAUUCGAGACCGUCUAGCAGCUGAAAUCUGGGAAACAGAGAGUGGUAAUGAAUUUGGAGCCGAAAUUUGACUGUCUCUAAGAAAGGAGUAUUCCUGGGUUUGCAACGUUAUUGCCUGUUUUGUGUAAGGAAAGAGUUGCUUUAUCUGCAAGGGAAUCUGGCUACUUUGCUCCCAAGGGGAGAGUGAGCGCAGAAACUUUUUGGAUUGUCCUUGUACACUUUACAACCUGCUGUUUUAUGAGAACAAUGUCAAGUUUUCUAUUUUGAUCAUGGAAGGUUGGUUGAUUAUAUAUAUUUAGGUUUAGAGCUUUUUAUCAUCAUGUCCCUGAUCAUUGUUGUUUAAUUAUUUUAAUUUUAAUUUUAAAGAAA